GGACCAUGGGCUUCCUGCACUACACACACAUUUCAAAAUAUGACUCUUCCCUUGGCACUUGCCGUGACAAUAUUUCUUAUCUUUCUUGCUUACAAUUUGUACCGCCGGCUGAAAGCCAAACUGCCGCCCGGUCCACGGCCAUGGCCCAUCAUCGGAAACCUCUUCGACAUAAAACCGUUGAGGUUCCGGUGCUUUGCCGAGUGGUCCGAAAUAUAUGGUCCCAUCUUCUCAUUCUACCUUGGCUCACAGCUGAAUGUGGUUGUGAAUAAUGCACAACUUGCUAAGGAAGUUCUCAAAGAUAAUGACCAAAAUUUGGCUAAUAGGUUUAGGACUAAACCACUUGCAAAUGUGAGCAGAAAUGGCAGUGAUUUGAUUUGGGCUGAUUAUGGUCAUCAUUACGUGAAAGUUAGAAAACUCUGCAACCUUGAGCUUUUCACUCCUAAGAGACUUGAAGCUCUUAGACCUAUUAGAGAAGAUGAAGUCACUGCCAUGAUCCACAACAUCUUUACAGACUCCACAAAGCCAGGCAAUGUAGGUAAAAGCUUGAUAAUGAGGAGCUACUUGGGAUCAGUAGUAUUCAACAAUAUAACAAGGCUAACAUUUGGGAAGAGGUUUAUGAACUCACAAGGUAAGGUUGAUACGCAAGGUCAAGAACUGAAAGACAUAGUUUCCAAUGGGAUGAAGAUUGGAGGAAAACUGAACCUAGGGGAGUUUGUUCCAUGGCUACGUUGGGCUUUCAAGGAUGACAACGAAGCUCUCAAGGCUCAAGAUAGUCGUUUGGAUAGAUUUACUAGGGUUAUUAUGGAAGAACACACUAUUGCAAGGAAAAAAACUGGUGAAACUAAACAACACUUUGUCGAUGCUUUGCUCACUCUUCAGAAAGAAUAUGAUCUUAGCGAUGACACUGUUAUUGGCCUCCUUUGGGAUAUGGUAACAGCAGGGAUGGAUACAGUAGCUAUAACAGUUGAAUGGGCUAUGGCAGAAGUAGUCAAGAACCCAAGGGUUCAACAAAAGGUCCAAGAGGAGCUAGACCGGGUUAUUGGGUCGGACCGUAUCCUAACCGAAUCGGAUAUAUACAAACUGCCAUACCUACAAAGUGUAGCCAAGGAAUCACUAAGGUUGCACCCUCCAACUCCACUAAUGCUUCCCCACAUGGCUGGUGCCAGUGUCAAAGUUGGUGGUUACAACAUUCCUAAAGGUUCCAUUGUACACGUAAAUGUUUGGGCACUUGGACGUGAUCCAAACGUGUGGAAGGAUCCUUUGCAAUUCAGACCCGAAAGGUUCACAGAGGAUGAUGUUGACAUGAAGGGUCAUGAUUUUCGACUGUUACCAUUUGGUGCUGGUAGGCGUAUUUGUCCUGGUACAAAUCUUGCCAUCAAUUUGGUCACCUCUAUGUUAGCUCGCUUAUUGCACCAUUUUAAAUGGUCUCCACCUGCUGGAGUCAAGCUUGAGGACAUUGACAUGUUGGAGAGCCCUGGAACUGUCACUUGCAUGCUAACGCCUCUACAAGCUGUGCCUACUCCUAGAUUGUCUGCACACGUGUAUCAGCGUCUUCCUGUUUUUGUAUAAAAUCUUUAUUCCUCUCA